AUGGCACGGAUCGAGACUGCACCAUGUUUGCAAGUGUUUAGCUGGAUUAAUGGAGACAUCGUGCAGCUGUUUUGGUGCAAGCAAGAUCUGGGAGGUAUUAACAUACCGUCAGUCUUUCCUUUUUGGAGCCGCUGGCCUCGCAUUUAUCUUGAACUCGUGGCUGCUAUUGCUGGGCGUUUUGUCACUCCUUGCGAUCCUACAACAUCAAGCCUUGGCACGUGCCGCUCUGUCACUCGCAGCGUGCCGCUACAAACACUUUUUGCCCCAAGGGAUGCUUCUUGCCAUCAGAUAUGGCUGUGGUUCAAAACCAAAGCUUUUGAAUAUGAUGGUCCCAUCGGAGGUGAGCAUCCCACAUAG